GUAUUUUCGUUCCCUUCUCUCUUUUCCUUUCCACUCCCCUUGUUGCGGUUGCUAGACCGUGAUAGGUUUGAAAUUCUGUCUUUUUUUUAUAUUUUUAUAUUUCCAAUAUUCUCUCGUUUUUAUCAUUUUCUCUUUUCCCUCUUUGCAUGGUUUAAUAAGUCUUGGUUUUUUAUUUCCAUUGUAUUCUUUUCUUGUCCUUCUUGCUUGAUUUCCUAGUUGUUUCUUGACCACUUUUUUCCUUUAUUUGGUUCCCUUUUUUUUUUUUUUUUGGCUUGAUAUACUGCUUUCGUGCUUCUUCACUCAUGGCUCCUGAAGCUCGUCCUUGCUUUGAUAGAGGAGAAGGAUUUCCAUUUUGCUCGCCGUUGCCCACGGAUACCUGGGUCAAUGGAUCGCAUCACGAGUUUAUCUGGAAUUACAAUUCCGCAUAUUACGCAGCUCAUGAUUAUCUCGAUCUUUUUCUUUACCACAUCGAACACUUUACUUAUCACAGUAUCCGAAAUUGGACCCAGUUACAUACACGCGACGGGUCACUCCCGGUGCAAGUAGACGAUUCAUGGUUUCCAACGCAAUUGCAACCAGGCGAUAACAACAAGACGUGGACACUCUACGGAUAUUAUCUUCCAUCUGGCAUGGAUCCUUACCACGAAUUACCUGACACAACCAGCUUUUACCCCCGUCCUUUCAAUUUCUCGGCCAUUCAGGUGGCGCCCUUACCCAACCCACUUCAAGCAGAAAGUUCAGAUGAUCAUCAUCUUCAACCGUGGAUGAUCGCUGUUAUUGUGAUCGCCAUUGUCGCGUUUCUUGCCGCUGUCACAGCUUCGGUCUGGGCGUUCCUGGUAUCACGUCGCAACAAACGGAAAAACAAGCUUUCACCGACCGAUUCGUCGGGCGCUCCGGAUUCGCAUCCAGCGGCGGCCAUGACCGAUCCUGAAAAGAGUCGAUCCACGGUAGGACUGGUCGACAGUGUCUCGAUUUAUUCCAACACACCCAUGAUGUUGGGUCGAUCGUCCGGGAGUCUACGACAUUCAGGUACAGAAAAUGCUUCCACCAUUCGGUCCGCCAAUACCUGGCGACGUGCCGAAUUGUCGCCUUCAUCUCCGACAUUAGCCAGUGUCACUCAUCCCAUGUCGUCGCACCUGGCCCAUGAACCGAGUUCUCCUCCAGCCAACGCCUUCCGCAGUAUGCUUCCUUCAACCAACCAACGCGACGACGACGAAGAAGAAGACCGAAGACGGCGGUUAGGACAAGUUUUAUUGCAACAACAACUCGCCGAGGAAGGCACGUCGGUCAAACAUGCAGAAAAACGGCCGGUCAUCGCAGAAGUGCAACCUGAAGCACGACCAGUGAUACUCGAACACGCCUCUUCUGCAUCCAGUCUGUAAAACCCCUCUUCUCAACUGCUCUAUUCUACUACUGUAUAUUCACCUUUCUUCUUCUUCCCUUUUUGUCAUUGCGACAUUACUUCUUUUUUUUUCGCGGCCAGUCUACCCUUCUUUCUUUCAUUCCCUCAUCUACUGCCGCUUAUCAUUUGUCUUGGAUUACGAGGAGUUAUUUUUAUCCAUUAUUUCUUCUUUUGUGAUAUACACGAUCCCCAUCGAUAGAGCCUUGUCAUACAAUCCAAGUAGCCCGAAUCCAUUCCUACACAUACACACAAACACACCCAAAAAACAGAAAAAAGAUAGAUAUCUCUAUCCAUCCCAUGUAAAGUAAAGCCCUCUUUUUUUU